AUGGUGGAUGGCUUCCACACACUCUUCAUCCUCAUACACAUGGCUCUUCCUCUUCCUCAUCCCCGACUUCCUGGAGACGUCAAGAAACCGUUUCUCUGUGCUUCGGAGGUCUCUCCCCCCUCCCCCACCUCCCUCCCCCUGUCAUCCACCCCCACUCCAUCACCCAGCAGAUCUCCCCAGUUCCUCUCAGCCGACAAGACUAUCUCCCCCAUCCCAUCCCACUCCACUCCCUGCCCCCCCUCACCCCUCUCUCCACCUCCCCCAACUACCACAGUCCAGCGUCUCCCAAAACCUUGCUCCCCCACCACCCCUCACUGCAUCGCCCCUGACACCUCACCGGGUCGCCAGCUCCACGACACACCUCAUGCCCCAGCUGCAUCUCUCCCAGCAUCCCUCACCCCGACUCAUCCUCCGUUUGUCACCCCCUCUCCCCCCCCGUCCCUGAUUCCCUCUCUCCCACCGUCCCCCCACUCCCCUUCCCUCCUCCAGUCCCAACGGUGUGGGCUGGAGUACAGCGAGGCCAGGCUCCAGCCUGUCGGCUCUAUGUUCUCCUCCCUGCUGCUGGCUGCCCUCUGUGUCUCUGUCUGUUUGGAGAUCAUCAGCCACACCCUGCAGCCCCAGCUGCUCCGGCGCCCCUUACUGGCCACAGUGGUGGGGGCCGUGAGUCUGCUCCACAACCUGCUGGUACUAGGGCUGGGCUGGGGAAGCCAGCAAGGGGGCGGGAUGGUGUCAGGGGAGGAGAGGAGUGGAAGUCUCUGGGAGGAUGGGAAAGUCAAGAACAAGAACCAAGCCUGCUCGGCAGAGGGGUGCAUGGUCCACCCCUACUCUCUGCAUGGUCCCUUCCAAGAAGGAACUCUGGUGCUGUGUAACCCUGGGGCCUCCAGUGUCCUGGACCCUGACUGCCCUGACUCAACCUCACCACCAACCCAGGAUCCUCCCUCCUUUCUUGGAGCCCGUGUUCCUGCAGCAACCCCCCAGCCCUGCCCCUCACAGCCCAGCUACGGAGCCCCCCCACACAGUCUGGAUACACAGUCAGACCUCAGGCAGACAGGGGCCUGGGGGUCCCACUCUGGGGACCCUGGCUCUGUGGCAUCCAGGAUGGGUGCCUGUGCCGGACACUCAGUGAUCCAGACUUCCCCCAGCCUCAGCCCAUCUCUGCAGUCAGACCAACCUCCACACGGUAGGCCUCAGACCAGGAGCUGGGGUAGCGGCUGCCUCCCAGCUCUGGUCACUGUGAUCCAGGCUCUGAUGGGCUCCAUCUUGGUCAUCGCUAACGGGCUGGUGCUGCUGCUGAUCCCAGGAUGCCUGGACUCCAUUGAGGCCUGCGGCCUCAUUCUCUACCUGGACCCUGGUUUCUCCUUGCUGGCUGUGCUGGUGUUGCUUACCACUACCCUGCCCCAGGUGUGUCGGGGGGGUCAGCUGCUGCUGCAGGCGUGCCCCCCCCAGGUGCGAGUGUCGGAGCUGGGUCGUAGGAUCUCCAGCGUGCCGGGGGUCUGGGCCGUGCAUGAACUGCACGUGUGGCAGCUGACCGAGAGCUGCCUGGUGGCCUCUGUCCACGUGCACUGCCACGCUGGCUUCCAGACCCACAGGUGUGGUGACUUAUUGUCUGGAGUAACCAAGGUGCUGCAGAGUGUAGGAGUGAGCUGUUGGACCAUCCAGCCAGAGUUCACCCCCUUCUCUGCAACAGUCAGCAGUAACCUUGACAACCACAACACCCCCCCGACCCUCAUUCGGGACACCCCUUCUCAGCCCCCCCACCCGCCCUGCAGCCUGGCCUGUGGGAAGAGCUGUGCAGACAAGAUGUGUUGUCACACUGUUGAGGAAGAGAAUGCACAGCCUGUAGCGCUCUCUGCUGGAGAGGUGGAGGAAGAGCCUCAGAUGCUGGUGAUAGAAAACACCUUCCUCUGAGAUGAAGCAUGAGGGAGGAUGGAAUCAGUUAUGACGGGACAAACUGCACAGCAAACAUCCAAACUCAAACUCCUGUCAGUUUUUAUUCUUUGAAAACUCUUGUUUAGCCUUUACUUGUGUUUGUUUUACAUAAGAAUGUUUAUGAUCAGUUUUAUUUGUAUCACCACAGUGCCUUACCAAAGAUGACAUUGAAUUUGUGUAAGUCAGAUGUCAAUCAUACAGUGUUGUAGUGUCUUUGUGAAUAAAUUAAUGUUUAAGUUUUUGUAUAGUAAAAUACUGUGACAGAGGAGUGAUCAAGACCAAGUCACAGUUACACUGAAUUUAAGACUGAACAACAGUCACUGUCUCUGGUCUGGAUAUCACAAGGGUUGAGACUUCACACACCUAAACUGUUCACCUCUCUGGAUAAAACAAUUUGAUCCGAAGCAACGUAUGAGGAUUUGACUCUGCCGCAGAGCUAUCAUGUGCAUCAGAAUUACUUCUAACUUGUCUUCAUCCCUGCUGUGCUGCAGUAAUGACAUUAAUAAUAUCAUAAUAAGUCCUCUUACUGAAUAAAAACCCU